CUCCCUCCCUCCCCUGACACUGAAGACCGCCAGAGGAGUCCCAGGGCCCAGGCUGAGAGCUGAGAACAGGGCAUGGUGUCAGAAGAAGCAGUCAGGAAGAGCUUCCUGGAUGAGGAUUUGAGGGCUGGGAUGUAGGCCUUGGAACACUGGAGCCUCCCCUCACCAGCUGGGCAGGAAGCAAGAAUGUGGCUGCCAUCAGCUGGGGAGCGUACUCAGAAGGAGGGUACAGAAGGUCAGUGGACAUCAGACUGAGCCUUCGUCCUCUGGUGAUUCUCAUGGCUUCACUCCUGGUAGUGCUCUGGGUCCGCAGAGCCGCCUGUCCCUUCACUGGCCUGUGGACUCCUCGGAGCUGACGGGGGCGGCUGCUGGGACGAGAGGCCAGUUGUGCCGACUGAAAAGUGCCAUGGCCAGCAAUCUGCAGGUCCCCCUGGCUGCUCUUCUUCUGCUGCCUGUGGCUGCCGCCAUGCACUCUGACUGCAUCUUCAAGAAGGAGCAAGCCUUGUGCCUGAAGAAGAUCCAGAGUGCCUAUGACCUACUGGGCAUGAAUGAUUCCUCUCUGGGAUGCCCUGGCAUGUGGGACAACAUCACAUGUUGGAAACCGGCCCGUGUGGGUGAGGUUGUUGAGGUCAGCUGCCCUGAACUCUUCCAAAUCUUCAACCCAGACCAAGUCUGGGAAACUGAAAACACGGACAAGGGCUCUGUGAGCCGGAACUGCACUGAAGAAGGCUGGUCUGAGCCCUUCCCUCAUUACUUUGACGCAUGUGGAUUUUAUGAGAAUGAAACUGAGCCUGAGGACCAGGACUAUUACUACUUGUCAGUGAAGGCCCUCUACACGGUUGGCUACAGCACUUCUUUGGUCACCCUCACCACUGCUAUGGUCAUCCUGUGCCGCUUCCGGAAGCUGCACUGCACCCGCAACUUCAUCCACAUGAACCUCUUCGUGUCCUUCAUGCUGAGGGCAAUCUCUGUCUUCAUCAAAGACUGGAUCUUGUAUGCAGAACAGGACAACAACCACUGCUUCAUCUCUACUGUGGAAUGCAAGGCCGUCAUGGUUUUCUUUCACUACUGCGUUGUGUCCAACUACUUCUGGCUGUUUAUCGAGGGCUUGUAUCUCUUCACACUGCUGGUGGAGACCUUCUUCCCUGAGAGAAGAUACUUCUACUGGUACAUCAUUAUUGGCUGGGGGACGCCGACUGUGUGUGUGAUGGUGUGGGCUGUGCUGAGGCUCUACUUUGAUGACACAGGCUGCUGGGAGAUGAAUGACAGCACAGCUCUGUGGUGGGUGAUCAAAGGCCCUGUGGUUGGCUCUAUAAUGGUUAACUUCGUGCUUUUCAUUGGCAUCAUUGUUAUCCUCGUGCAGAAACUGCAGUCUCCAGACAUGGGAGGCAAUGAGUCUAGCAUCUACUUCAGCUGCGUGCAGAAAUGCUACUGCAAGCCACAGCGGGCUCAGCAGCACUCUUGCAAGAUGUCAGAACUGUCCACCAUUACUCUACGGCUGGCCCGGUCCACACUGCUGCUCAUUCCAUUGUUUGGAAUCCACUACACGGUGUUUGCCUUUUCCCCAGAGAAUGUCAGCAAGAGGGAGAGACUUGUGUUCGAGCUGGGGCUGGGCUCCUUCCAGGGCUUUGUGGUGGCUAUUCUCUACUGUUUCCUGAAUGGGGAGGUGCAGGCAGAGAUCAAGCGGAAAUGGCGGAGCUGGAAGGUGAACCGAUACUUCACCAUGGACUUCAAGCAUCGUCACCCAUCUCUGGCCAGCAGCGGGGUGAACGGGGGCACCCAGCUCUCUAUCCUGAGCAAGAGCAGCUCCCAGCUUCGCAUGUCCACGCUUCCAGCCGACAACCUGGCCACAUGAACCCUGCCCUGUCCUCUCCUCCCUCACAGCCUGGGGCUGCAGGCAGGUGUCUGUGGCGCAUGUUUGAGCCUCUUCCCUCCCCUUGGGCAGGCCCUGGCUGAAGCUUGGCUCCUCCUCAAGGGGGAGAAGGAGGCAAGGCACAAUCUGCUACUGCCCCUCCUAUUUCGGUACUGGCCCCACCCACCACAACCCCCUGGGCCCUGAUUUGACAAUGUAAAUAGCCCUCAGAUUUGGAAAUCUGUCCCAUCCUUGCUUCUCUCACCUCAGCCAGGCUCCAGCUCCACCCCACUGUCUGGCCAGCCUCAGUGAUGGCCUGGCCGCAGGCAUGAGGCCUUGUGAGCUGAGGCUAGAGAGACCCUGCUCCACAGAGGCUGGGGUGGUGCCUGCCCCGACAGCCCCUCCUCAUGUCUGACUUCAGAGGUGGACCCUUCUCAGGCCUGGGCCCAGGGCCAGUGUCUAGGUGCCUAGCUCCUGGGUGCCAGGGCAGUGGGAUGGCUCCAGGGCUUUUUCAGUCAGAGCCUUCAGUUGUGGGGUGGGGGCUGAGGGUCAGGGAAAGUUCUGGUGCUUUUCAUUUGAUCCAAGAAGAACUGAGAGCCAGAAAUGUGGGUACAAUUGGAAAGGAGAUGGAAGAGUUGGGAGACGUGUAAAAGAAGACCUUCGCCAUCUCUGCUGUUCUACCCCUGACUCAAGAUGGACACAGUUCAUCCGGUAGCUACCCUUUGACUCCUCCCAUCCCAAGGGGAUACCCCAGAGAAGCUGCUUCCCAGCAACACCUACCACGGAGUGUCCCUCUGAGUCCCUUCCCCAUAUCCCCUCGAGUCAAAGCCAUGACUAGAAUGAACCAGCUGCCUUCUUGUGUUGUCAGUGAAUCCUGAAGCACCUUGAAUCUUUACAUGCCCAAGUUCCCUGCCUGCGGUUUGCCCACGUUCCACCUUCAUGGAUGAUGAGCCCCAGAUGCCACAUCUUCAGCCUGGACUCAGCUACCAACCUCUCUUAGAGACCUCUGCAAAGACUUCCUCGAGUGCCCUGGGUCACAGGCUGUUAGAAUGCUUUGAGGGGCUGACACACCUAUCAUGUUCAUUGGCAGAAGCUACUGGUGGGUGGAGAGGCUACUCAGCAAUGCCCAUCUUGGACUCCAGCUGUAGGCUGCAUAGCUUUGGCCUAAGAGUCAGACAACCAGGCUGAAGAAUGUAGAGGAAGGUACUGGUGUGCCAUGAGACCAUGGGCCCCAGUUCAUUCCACACAUUCUUGGUCUGCAUGUUUGAGCGCUUGCUUCAGGAUCUUGUUGUGGAGUGCUUGGGGACUUUGGUUACAGGUGGCUUUGCCUUGCUCAGUGUCAUAAAGAGGAAGGAGCCCUGGGGACAUGAGAUGGUAUUUUGGGAGAGGCCUACAGAGUGAGCAGAUCGGGUUCUUUCUUGUUGCUGUGAUUAGGAUGAGUCCUGUGUGCUUGGCAGUGUAGUGAGUCCCUAGGUCUUUGGUAAAGCCAAAGGGAGAAAGGGCCCACUGCUUCUUACUAGUCACAUGUAGUGACUUUGGUCACAAAGUGUGCAGUCGUCCAUCCCUCCCCUCCCCUGACCUGGUCCUCAGAGCAAGGAUCUGCUGAUCACCUUGUACUUGAGACACUGCUUGAAAGGGAAUGUGGCCUAGGAUUCAGAGACCUAGAGUCUUCCUCACUUGGGUUUAGAACACUGUGAUUGUGGACCUGAUGCUCUGGUCUCAGCCUCAGUUUCCCCUCUUGUGAAGUGAGGUGGCUUCUGUUCCUUCUCCAGGCUACUUCAGCAGUCUUCCAGUUCAGAACCAAGGCAGGUAGAUGCAUGCACACCAGUGUGUGCAGCAUCUAGGGUUUUGGUGGAUGUGUGUGUGCAGGUGAGGUGAGGAAUGCUGUUUAUGUUCCCUUUCUUAGAAACCAGACUUCUUUCUCCUCUGUUUGGACUCACAGUAGCUGACAUCCUGAGGGAAGUCAGGCCAUGUACACUUGAGCAGGUGCCUUGGGCAUGAUGCAGUGACUCAGUGUUCUAUACCUGCCUGAGGAAGGUACCAUGACGGGUACCCUAGAUCCAAGGAGUCCUAUGCUGUGAACCCCAUUCAUUUGCCAUCACCCCACCAGUAGGUCUGCUUCCCUGUGGAAGAAGAAACUGUGACUUUAUAGAUACAUCAUCACAAAGCAGCAAAAACAAAGACUACCCUGAGUCCCACAUCCUGAAUUGUUUCCUGAGCCCGGGGCCUGAGUUUUCCUAGAGGUUCAGGCUCCUGUUGGUUAUUUUGUAUCUGAAUGCUCUUUGUCUGUCCUAGAAGCAGAUGUAUGUGAUGUAUUCUGAAUAUCCUAGGAGAUUCUGGCUUUUCAGGUCACAAUGCUGUAGGAGAACAGUAUGAGGUGUGAGCAAAACCUUUUCGUCUCUGACCCUCUGUUUUCAAAUCUAUAGAAUGGGCAAUAAGACUAGAUGACUUGUAUAUAUCCCAGUGAAUCCUUAGAAUUCUCUGUCUAAACACCAGCUAGCUACCAGGAAUGAGCCUUGGGAAAGACUGUGAUAAUUGCUUUGAUCAAGAAAGGGUAAGAAACUGCUGUGUGAGGAGGACUGGAGGCACUUGGCAGAACUAAUGCUGGGGAGGAGUAGAGUAUUGGGACUCCGUGCCCAUGGAGGAUCAUUCCUGGGAAGGUGCUUGUUUUAUGCAAUACUGAAGGAUGGACCCCAUUCCCACAGGAGACUGGCUUCUCCUUGGGGUAACAAGUUAUAUAGUUGCGUUGUGACUGCCCAGUCAGAGGACUGGCAGGCAGUGUGUGGCGAGGGUCUCCAAUCCAGAGGGAAGUGGAGUUAUAAGUCAGAGAAGCUGAGGCUUACAGGGAGCCAGUGGAGGGUCAGAGAAUGGGAUUCAGGAGGUCCAGCCCUUUAGUGACCCAGUACUGUGAGCCUCGUGUCUCCCACCAAACUUGAGGCCAGACUGUAUUCUCUGUGGGCAGCACUUUGAGCCUUCUUGACAUGUCCAGUGUCUCCCAGUAAUUCCAUCUUCUCUGAACUGGAUCCUUGGGCAUUAGAAUAAGGAAGCUCAAACUGGGCCCAAGCUGGAAAUAUGCCUAUGUCCAUUGUUGCUUAUCAAAGCCUCUGCCUUUUGAUGUGCCCCUCUCUUCUGCAAGGAAAGGCUGGAAGAGGCUCUCUCUUUAAUUUGUUGAGUACCCUUACCUCCUUCAGGACCACUCCAGAGAGAAAGCAAUUAGUACUUUGUCACCAUCAACUCCCACUUGAGCCCAAGAAACUUGGAGACUGGCUAGAGGAGCCCAAACAAAGAGCCAGGGACCUGGACUUACCCCAGCUUUGCCAUUUGCUUGCUGUUUGAUCUGGACUCGUCCCCCAUAUAUCUCUGGGAAGAUUCACAAAAUACUUGAGCUGGGAGAAACUUAUAAAUCUUCUGGUCAAACCUUUUCCUUUGGCUGAUAAGGAAACCCAGGGGAGCUCAGCAUAAAUCUGGGUGAGAAAAUGGCCCUACCAGUAGGUGCACAACCCUUUGCAGGGCCAGAGUGGUGUGUGACCGUCGGCCUCUGUAGAAUUAUCAUUCCUCCUUGUGCAGAAGAUAGACUCUGGCUAUGGAAAAUUGUCAGGACUCCAGAUUGCAGAAGUAAUGGAGUCAGCACGGUGUGGGAAAUGCUGUUCUCUCACCUGGGCUUCACCACGUGCUUGGUGACCCUAGGCUCACCUUUCCCUGGCAUUUGCCUCUCAGCCUGAGAAAUGGGGAAGACAUGAUUGCAUCAUCUGUCCUGCAGGCCAGCAUGAGGUUGAAUUGUAUGAAUGAACUUUGGAAACAAGGCAGAUGUGGGCACAUUCCUGGGCAAAGACCCCCUGAAAGGAAUUCCUUGCUGUUUGCUAUUUCUCUACUGCUUGGAGCCCUUCUGGAUGAACCGUUACUCCAUCUGUAAAACCACCAGCAUUGGGGGUAAGGGGCUGGCUAGAGAGCUCUGGUGGACAGAGCUCCAGCUCUAUCUCCAUCAGUUUCCUCUCAAGAACAGGAUAGAGAGAAUUCACGUGGGUGCUGUGAGCAUUGCCAUGCCACCCUCCUGGGAAUCCUUCAAGGACUUGGGACAUUCCUCAAAUGGGCUGCAUGCCCAUUCCUUCUCCUUUCCCCAAACUCCAGGUCCUGGGAUGAGUCUACCCUUGACCAUGUGUGUCUUGUCUGAUGUCUGUCUUCUGUGGCUUUGCACCUGUCAAGCUGGAGUGGUUGGUGCAGCUCCUGGCAUCCCAGACGUGGCUCCUGGCUCCUCAUGAGAGCUAGGCCACCUGGGUUUCAUCUCCCACAGUAAAGAUGAGUCCCCCAGAUCUUACUGCCCCCGCUGCCACCACUAAUGCUGUGCUUGCAAUCUUGUCCAGGAUUUUAAGGAUGUCAAAUUGCUGUAGAUGACUCAAUAAAUGUCUUAUCAUUUUU